GGACCGUGGAGUGGGCAGCCCACUCAUUAACCGACUAUUCGACCUUUUUGGAGGAAGAUCCCCAGCUGAACUCAACAUGUAACCAAACGGUGAAAGCGCUGAGCCCAAAACAGCCAUCCGUGAGCCCCGCUGGUGCUACCCGGAAAUAUUACAAGGGCCGGAAAGGACCAAUGUUAAGGGAGCACACGUCACUCACUUUAACCUAAAAAUAUUAUCACCGUCCAUCCAAAUUUUCUCGACGGUCGAAAUCUUUAGUAUUAGCUUCCUACCCGCGCAAACGGUCGAAAUGAAAUGGCGAAGAGGCGGCUGCGGUGUCUGUCGGAGUUGAAAUCUUGGGGGAGCGGUGUUCGCCUUCACCCAGCUCAGCAUCAGUGAAAAUGGCUCUGGCUAACGACUGGAAAACAGCACGCAGAAAUGGAAGCGGACGAUAGCUAGCUAGGCAGUUAGAAGAAGGCGUGACAGGCCUCAUCCAUCUGCAACUGUGCUCUGUAACUGGAUGCGUAGGAGUGCCGAUUUACAUUAAAAUGAGAGGCAGUGAAAUAUGCUGUAGAUUAUCUCCCUCAUCCGCCGGGGAUUCAGACUCUCCUGUAGGUUCAUUACAUCGAUUAGAGGAAACGGUAAGAAAGGAAGAGGAACUUCUUGGCUCAACACAAAUGAGGAACUUUGCUUAGACGGAGAAUGUCGACGCAGUAACUGACAGAAAACAAGAAGAUGCCAUUUAAACUGUUUCUCAGAUAAAACUAUUAUAAGUAAUUUGGUGGAACCCACCUACCUGACAAAAAGGCACUUAUCCUUUGAGCGUAACCUCAUCUCCCUGGCUACCCCACUCCAUUUUAUGAAGAGUGUGGGCAGUGGAUAAUCGAGAGGGAGUAGCAGCAGUAAAGUAUACAAUCUAAAAAGACAAACUUUCAAUUCAAACUGACAUUGAAGUAGUUUUGGAAUAAAACAGUAGCAUAACCUCAUCCUUGGGGUAAAGUUUGUCUUUGGCAAGCCACUGGUGGGAUCAUUGUUGUCACUCCUAGCACUGGAGGUUUGACUCCUGUACCCCCAUGUGCCAGUGAGUGGGAAAUGUUCCAAUUUGGAAAAUACAAUUUGGACAUUAUAGAGAUGCUAAGUGGGCAUCAGGCCCACCAGUUCAAAGGCCUUGGUUUAGAUCGACAACUACAGCAUCAACAGCAAGUGCAACUUCACCAGCAUCAACUCCAGCAGCAGCAGCAGCAGCAGGCUGAGUCAUCUGGAGCUCUUCUGUCUGGACUUGGCUUGGGCCCCCUGCAGGGGUCUAGAGGUAACGCCUUUUCUGAUUCUGCCUCCAUUUUUGCCAAGAUGAGUGCCCCUCCUCCCCCACCUUUACAACAACAGCCUUCCUCAUCUCAGAGCUCUCGUUCAAAGUCAAGCAAGAUGAGCAGCAGCAGCUCAAGCCAUUCUUCAGGCUACCCACAGUUCCUGCGCUCUUUCCACCCGUCUGAGGCAGCACUAGCACAGGAGCAGUUACACCCAAGUGUAGGCCGCUUUGAGCACUUUGCUGGGGGAAGUAGCAGUAGUGGGAGUGCUGGGGGAUUAGGAGGAUUAGUAACAUCAGCACCUCCACCUCCUCCUCCUCUGCAUCCUGGCCUCUCUGUCCCGCAGGCAUCACCCGGCCCCUCCUCUUCUUCUCCUUCCCCUUCAACCUCUGUGGCCACCACUAACAACUCUUCUAGUAGCAGUGCAGUCAGUUCAUUGGGACACCAGUUGGUUGGGGCCCAGUCUGAUGCACGGAGCCUUCACCAACAGUUUAGUUGCAUGUUAGCUGCUAAUCAAUAUUUUCUCUCUGGGGUGCCUGCUAAUGCUAGUUUAGAGCAAUUCCUCGUGCAACAGGGAACGCAUAACCACUUAGGAAUUGGCUUAAGUCAGGCAGGUGGGGAACCUAGUACUAGUCUUGCUCCACCUCCUGCUUUGCAUUCUUCUCACUCACAUGGCCACUCCACUUCCCAGUCUCAGCAGACUCCACAGCAGCCGCCCCAGCAACAACAGCUUCCUCCUCAUACCCUAUCUCAUCCACAUUCUCAUUCUCAUCCUCACCAUCCGCUCCACCCAGUCUCCCAGCCUUCAUCUCUGGGUGGCUUUGACUUCCAGGGCAUCCCUGUCCUGUCAUCAAAUCAGAUAGCUUCUCUGAUGCAACAGGAAGCGGGUUUGCCCCUCCCCUUACCGCUCCAUUUAUCCUUAUCAAAGGAUGAUGGUAAAGGGGAAAGCAGUGGAGGUGGAAGUAGCAGUAGUAGCACCAGCAGUAGUAGGAGGAAGAAGGCAAUGGCUGGCUAUUUGCCGCAGAGAAAAUCUGAUAGCAACAGUAGUGGCAGCAGCCAUGGGCACAGUAGUCAUAGUGGUAAUCCUGGCAGUAAUACUAAUGGAGGAGGGCUUAGUCAUGGUCAGCCCCCAGCUUUAAUUGGAAGUGGGGUCGGUAUGUCAAAUAUGGGGGGUGAUCCUUCAUCCCUUCUUGCCUCUUCAUCUUCAUCCUCAUCAGUAGUUUCUUCCUCCUCCUCCUCUGCUCCCUCUUCCACUGCUGCCUCAGUACUGGUUACUAAUGAUUCUCAUCUUUCUAAAUCUGAUAACCAGAGCUCAUUGCAACGCAACGCCACAGAGUCUGAUACAGAGCCCUUAUAUAACUGUGGAGAGUGUGGCAAAAGCUUCCCUCACCUUUCAAGCCUUCGCAGGCAUUUGCGCAUGCAUGAACCAACCACAGCAGGUACUAGCAAUACUGCCACUACUGGCCCAAACCCCAUACACAUAAAAACGCAGUCUGACCCAAGCCUUCCCCAUUCGACCCAAGAAAAUCCCCAACCCUCAUCUAAUUCCUGCCCUAGCCCAGACAAAAUAUUUCAUUGCCCUGAUUGUGGCAAAGCCUUUAAGAAAAAAGGGCACCUCCUGCAACAUGGUGUAAUACACUCAUCAGCCCGCCCAUAUGGCUGCUCCACCUGCUCUCGGGCUUUUAAUCGUAGAGAGUCACUGACACGCCAUGAGAAGAUACAUGAGGAAAAGCCAUUCCGAUGUCCUGCCUGUGGUCGUGCCUUCCGUGAGAGCACAUCUCUACUGAACCAUGCUGCCUCAGGCACCUGCGGCAAGCCAGGUAGGGGACCCAAACAACGGGGCAGCAAGACAGGAACUGAUGGUGAGGACAGAGUCGUGGGAGGGGGUGGAGGAGGUAAUGGAGGAGGGGGAACUUAUCAGAGCAAUAGAGGGGUAAUUUAUGGGAAAACUGAGGAAGAAGAUGGUGUAAUCAUUGUUGGGGAAGGAGAACCAAAAUCAGGUUUAGGAUGUGAUGGUCUUUUUCAAUCUGGAAGGGGAGGGAAUUCAAAUGACAGGGACAGAACAGAUGGUAAAUACCCCACUGACUACUCUCGGAAUCGUUACACAGGCUACCAUGAUGAUCAUCGUUCUCAAGGUAAUCCAUCUCCAUGCUACUCGGGUGCCUCCCCCUGUGGAAGUGGGAUGGCGGGCCCAGCUCUGAGAAAGGCACCCUUGGCCCCAACACUGCAUCCACACUCUCAGAGCCACAACCAGCACCACCAUCCGCAGCAACAGCCCCACCUGCCCCUAUCUUCUCUCCUGGAUGACUCAGAGGAUGACGUGACUAGCUCUGUAAAUAAUGCAAUCUCUGCUAUAACAGCUGCUAGCAGCAGUGGAAGUAGAGGGGAUGAUAGGGGAGACAUCAUAGGAGGUCUUCUAGGGGGUCUUGGUUUAGGUCCUCUGGGCUCACCUUCAACAACAUCUGGCAUGGAUAAAAAUUUCAGAGGUGGUGGGAACCAAGAGGUUAUGAGCAGCAACCCACAGAACCCUGCUGCCAAACCCAAACGUCCCCGCAAACCCAGAGCUAAGAAAGAUCCGUCAACUGGUGGACAGCCCCCCAAACGCAGGCAAUACACCCCAAGAAUGGGGCCCAGUGGCCUCCCACGCACUCACCUCUGCAGUGUCUGUGGUAAGGGAUUUGCACGUCGCGAGACCCUCCGCAGGCAUGACCGUAUCCAUACUGGGGAAAAGCCUCAUCACUGCACUGUUUGUGGAAAGUAUUUCAGAGAAGCUUUUCACUUGAGCAAGCACCAAACGGUCCACUCUGGGGCAAAGAAUUAUAAAUGCACCAUCUGUGGAAAAGAGUUUGGUUACUCCCAGAGCCUCCGGAGGCACAGUAAACUCCACCAGAAGGGGGAGAUGGAAGAGGUUCCUGCAACACCAACUGCGGAGAACCUUAACAGCUUUAACCCAAACCCUCAAUGUAGCGUGGCCCAAGACAGGAGCCAGAACCAAGCACCAAGCACCUCCUCCUAUUACACAUACUCUCAAGAUGUCAAGCCUCAAGACACCAACCCACAGCCACAACCCCCACCCCCGCCCCAACCUCAACCACAGCCCCCACCUCCCCCUCGUCUUUACACCUGUGCUAUAUGUUGGAAGUCAUUCCGCCAUCACUUCCAUCUGACUGCCCAUCACCAGACAGUUCAUGAAGGUGGGGGUGAAAAGCUCUUUUGCUGUGAAGUAUGUGGCAAAGCUUUUGCUUACUCUAAUAGUCUCACUCGACAUAGGCAAUCACAGCAUGGGAUGACCCGCACUGAACCGUCAAACCCUCAAGAAGGCAGCAGCGGGUCUGGAGACAACAGAAGUGCAAGUGAUGUUAAUCAGUCAGCAUCAGAAAGUGAGGCUGCCACUAAUGCCCUGUUACAGAUGGCUCCUUCCACAGAAGCACAUGGAGGGCAGAGUCUUAGUGUUGUCACUCAUAGCCACCAGCAGCCACCCCCACAACCACCAGCUGGUUAUUCUCCCUUGUUUUAUGAUGCUGCAGCUGCCCAGUCUUCAGCUUCUAAUGCCCCAACUUAUUCACAGCCUCUGCCUCCAAACUCUACAAUCAUGCCGCCCCAGCACCCCCAUUCCCCAGCUGGGGUGAAAGGAGAACACAUAUAUCCUGCUGGAUCCCGUAGUCGUACGCUUCACACCACAGCCCCGUUCCAGCCCCUUACGGAACUGCCCUCCACUGAACAUCAUCAUCUGCAUCACCAUCACCAUCAAUCCCACCAUCAUCCUCAUCAUCUGUCAGAUAUACAGUCGCACCACCAUGUUGACUGCAGCAUCCAGUUAUCACAUGAUGAAAUGAGACGGCACAAGAAGAAAAAAAAAAGUCCGACAAGAGAGAGUGGAGGGAAACUAAAUGGGAGUCCCAAGAUUUAGUCAGAUUUGAUGGAAGCAAAAGGAAAAGAAAGAUAAG